AUGGUAUUAGCGCUGUGCCAUUUCCUUCCACGUGACGUGGUGCUGCAGUUUGGGUUAUUUUUACUCUUGGUGUCGUGUAUUUUGCAGGCUAUUUUGGUUGGAAACCAUGGCAAGGAAAGCGGGUCUGGCACUAUUGUUGCACGUGAUGGCGCAGUUGGUGCGGGCGAGAUUGUCCACAUUGGAGCUCGCCCUGCAAUGUACACGGCAGCUGGAGCCAAGAUUUGUGCGUGGUCGAACAAUUCCGACCUCAUUUCUGUGGGGUGCGCACGUUUUGUAGAGGCAUUUCACGUGGUUAUAGGACUUCUUUUAUCUAGCUUCAUUGUGAGUGUGCUGUCACUCUUGUUUGCCAUGUUUUGUGUUGUUCCAAUGAGCAGGACAACCACUUCUUUGGUGUUGCUUACGCAAUUGUCUUUGUUUUUUCCGGCACUUCUACACACGGCAGCUAUUGGUUUUUUUUUUCAACGAUGCGAGCACUACGCAAAAGAUGUUGCGAGCCGCAGUGUUUUUUCUGAUGCGAAGGUGAAAUUUCGUCUGGGAUAUUUGCCGAAGCUGGCGAUUGCCUCAGAGGUGUGUUUGGGUGUCGGUUUUUCAAUGCUUUUUAUUCGUCUUUUGCUGACUCUCUUUUAUCGACAGUCGUUGAAGAAACGUGACGUGGUACGGCGCGACAUUGGGCGGUUCAUGCGGCACCACCUGGUGAACGACGAUUGGGAACGGCAAAAAGCGGUACUACAGUCGCAUGCGCGCAGUGUGCAGUUGGAGAUGGUUGCGUGCGAGGUUGAUGCGGGGGCAGCAAAGAGGAACAGGGGUGGAGUGGGUGGCGCAGCGAAUGGCGAGACAGAAGAGGAUGGGUCUGAGGGCUUUACUUUCAGACCCACACCCGCCCACUCGGUGAUUGCGCUCGAAACAGGGAAGGGUGCGGGGACCAGUUCGGUGGCCAACGAGCCAUCUUGUCACCCACCAAGUGAACCGUGA